GUAUGGUAUAUUGUUAGCCCGACUGCGUCUGGCCGUGGGGCUAGGUAUAUUGUAUACUUGUACAAGUCAAGAAGCAGCAUUUGAAUUAGGAAUAGGAUGGCAUCAAAAGUUGUAAGCUCGAUUACUAGGAUAUUCAGCCCAAGAUUAACAAUACGCCUGUCAAUAUUUGGAACUCUGGUUGGUGGUACUGUUUUGCUCAGAGACUACUUUGGAGGUGCUGUCUGCAAAAGCGAGAAUUGUAUCGAUGGGAAGACUGUGAUUAUAACAGGUGCCAACUCAGGCAUUGGGAAAGAAACUGCCAAAGAUCUAGCCAGGAGAGGGGGCCACAUCAUACUAGCCUGUCGCAACGAGGACAAAGCAGAGAAAGCAAAGAAGGAGAUUAUUGAAGAGACGGGCAACAAAGAUGUAGUAGUCAGGAAACUAGACCUGGCAUCGCUCCAGUCAAUCAGGCAAUUCGCUAAACAGAUCAAUAAAGAGGAACCUCAUGUGGAUGUUCUGAUCAACAAUGCUGGCAUCAUGCGAUGUCCGUUCUGGAAGACAGAGGAUGGCUUUGAGAUGCAGUUUGGGGUCAACCAUCUUGGUCAUUUCUACCUGACCAAUCUUCUUCUAGACAAGAUGAGAUCCUCCUCACCCAGUCGCAUCAUAACCGUCGCCUCCCUGGCCCACACCACGGGAGAUAUGGACUUUGACAAUCUCAACAGCGAGUCGGGGUACAAGACUGCUGAUGCCUACUCGGACAGCAAGCUUGCCAAUGUUCUCUUCACACAUGAGCUCAGUAAGAGGUUAAAAGGUACUGGCGUAACCGCAAACUCUCUCCAUCCCGGCGUUGUCAAGACCCAGAUUGGUCGGCACACCGGCAUGCAUCGAUCUGGCUUCUCUUCAUUCAUUCUGAGUCCCAUCUUCUGGAUGUUUGUCAAGACACCGAAGCAAGGCGCUCAGACAAACAUCUACUGCGCAGUGGCCAGCGAGGUGGAGGGGGUGACGGGCAAAUAUUUCAGUGACUGUGCUGAAGUAGACUGUCACGCUAGAGGUCGUGAUGAUGCAGUUGCAGAGAGACUAUGGCUGGAAAGCGCUAGGCUAGUGGGACUAGACCAAGAUGGAGUACUACAAGAGAGUCAGUCACCAGAGGCAACUGACCAAACAAGAACAGAAAAGAGUCAACAGAGUCAGUCAUGAUGAUUAUGAGGAGUCUGCGCUCUUCGGAACUUUUGAUUAAUCCAAACCCUGGCAGACUCAACACAGUGCAUCAGAUGUAAGUCUGUGGGACCUUGCUGCAUCGAGCCAUCAAUAACCAGUGCGUCAACUGCCAACUCUGAGACAAUGGGAGCUAUGUAGAUCCAUUGAUCAAGGCCAUAGUUUUAUCAAGUCACUUUUGACCUGAUGGACCACUUUGGACCUUGCUACACUGAGCAGGCUUGUCAGUUUGACAAGUGAUGUGUGUUGCUGCGUUUAGCAGGGUUUCUAGCAAAUACAAAACCCUGGGGGUUAGGGUUAAGGUCAUUGUUAUAUUGUGUCUUUGAUACUGUAAUUUCAUUGGUCUAGAAUGGCCACGUGUCAAGUCAAUAAAAAACACUUCAUA